AAACUCGCGGCUAAAAUCCUAUAGUGUUAUUCCGUGGGGACCAUUUGGUUGUGGUAAGGUACGACAUUCAGCUAGAAUGUGCAGGAAGGUACACACUGAACACCUAUCCUGUGUCGUAUCUAUGCUGACACCUUUGGGUUUACUCACCCGCGCGUCUGCCACCCUUUGGAGGAGGAGCCAGCAGUUAAUAUCUGACUGAAACUCAGAAAGGGAGCAGCUGAAACUUGUUUACCUGCCAGCUCUGCAGUAAGUGGACAGGUUACCACACUCGUCUGAAGGGUGAAUGGGCGGCAUGGCUCAGAAACUCACUCAGGAGUCUGUGUUAGAUUUUCUGUGCAGUUCCGGCGGUAAGGUGAGAAACACCGACCUGCUGCGGCAUUUUCAGAAGUUUCUUAAGGGACCCGAAAGUCAGGUGCAGCACCGGGAGCAGUUUAAGAAGAUUAUCAAUUCAUUGGCUGUGGUGAAGACGGAAGACGAAGUGAAAUAUGUUGUCCUGAAAAGAAAGUACCGUGAGCUGAUCGGGGAAGACUGCAGUCGCCAAGAACCAAGAGUUGCUAAGACUACUUGCUCAAAUAGUUGCAGGGAAGUCAAAAGCAGGAGCAGCGACCUUCGGGUAACUGACCUAAUGCCUGCCUGUAGUGAAGUCACAACUUUUGGGGCAGGUAGAGGCCUUGCUUUAACCACCGUUGCUCACUCUCUUCCCGACGCAUACAAUGAAAGGUGCUGCCGGGCUACUCCUGUUAGUACUCGUUUGACUACCACCACACCACCAUUGGAUGGACUUUAUACUGCUGACAACAAUGGAGGUCAAAUUGACACCCCUCCACGCGCGCAUAGCCUGGAUCCUUCAUAUGUCAUUGUUUCUAAUGACCUCAGAGAAAACUGGGAUAACCCGCUGCAGCAUGGAAACGUUAGCGAAACACUUCAAAUGCAGCCUUGUACAGAAGCUAAAGGAGAGCCCAGGAACAGCAGUUUCCCAUUCAGUUCAAAUUUCUGGGAUAGUAAGCAGACACGGAAUGACAGCUGGUCCUCCUUGGUGGAUGAUCCAUCAUUUCAGAUGAAAACCUAUUCGGCUCCCACUUCUUGGCGGUCCUUAGAUUCUGUGCUGAGUGAAGAACUACCACAGUACUCCACACCUCCGGGAUCCCUGUUUGAUGCUGGCAGUGCAGGAAGAUGCAAAGGGCAACUGUUGGUGACACAUGACGAUGGCAUUGUUGGAUCUCCACCUCACCCUCAAGUCUUAAAGCAAUUUAACAAGAAGACAGAUUCCAGGCUGGCUUCUGAAGAUACAUCAGUAACAGAUGCCCAGAGGCUUACAGCAUAUCCUAAAGAUACCUACAGAAAUGCAGGAAAACGUGGGGAAGAUAUAACACAGAAUACAUACAUCCCAUAUGUCAGCGCAGUGCCACCAAACGACGGCAGAUCCAGCCAAACUAAAAUGGAGGCUGAAAGGACAAGCUGUGAUUCCUUGCCAGUUUCUACAACAUCUCCGAUAGAUUGUGUGAGUGAAAGGGAACUAGUAGUAGAAAGGAUGUCCCCUUUUCAAGAUAUUUGCAGUAACUCAUUGGUUCCUAGUAUUUCUGAAAAUUGUAGGUGGCUUUCUUCUGAUUUUCAGCUUAUGGUGGAUAAUUUAGAGGACAAUGUUUCUGUUCAUGCCAAAAAAGGUCAGAUCACCAAAUCCUUAUCUUCAUCUUUACCAGAUAUUACCAAACAUGUUGCACCAAGAUUUCCAAAGUCAGAUUCACCAUCUUUGCUGUCUACACAUGCUGAGUUAAAUAAAGUUCAUUUAUAUAGAAAAGUAGGUUCAUCUCAAAAACUAGAGUCUGUGCCUCUGGACCAAAAGGAGCAUAGCUGGAUUGUUUCUUUGGCUACUGGUUCAUUGAACCACGCAUAUGGCUUACUUCUUGAGGAUCCAACCUUAGCCACCAAGAAGGAUUUCAUUUCUGGGUACUCUGCACUUCACUGGAUAGCCAAGCAUGGUGAUAUGAAUUCAUUGUAUGUGUUUUUCAAUGGGGCCACUAAAGCUGGGAUAACACUGAAUGUAAACGUUAAAACUGGCUGUGGGUAUACUCCAUUGCAUAUUGCUGCAAUUCAUGGACACCACAAAGUCAUUAAACUGCUAGUGCGCAAAUUCAAUGCCAGUGUGAGUAUCAGGGACAGCAGUGGUAGGAAGCCAUGGCAAUAUUUAAGCAAGGAGGCACCUUCUGAGUCUUGGCAGCUGUUGGGUGCCCCAAAAUCUCACAUCCCUCUUUCUGUUGAAGGUUUGUCAGAGAAACAUGCUUUGAAUUCCACAGAAAGGAACAAACACAUCACAUCCAAACGCAUCAGCAGGAAGGCCUCAUUAGCAGCUUUAUUGAAACACCAGCAUAUAAAGUGGAAGACCUCUAAAUCUUACAUGACAGCAAUAAGAGAUAUCGAAGAAGAUAGUAAUUAAAUUUAUAUGAGUGGUUAUAUUUAAACUUUCUCUUUCCCAAAUAUUCAACAUAAUUCAUUGGGAAGUUUCUGCACUAAAUGUCUUCAGAUCAUGUAAAUUUAAGUGUGGAUGCAGUGUCUUGAAUCCAGAAAUGAGCAAGUAUCUUAAACUUCUUUAUUUAAAUUUUUUAAUAGCCCUACUGCACUUCAGUUUUACACCGAUUUGUGUAACUAAACUAGAAUUAAUGCUUGCAUGAUGUGGUAUGCCUGCUGGCCCAAUAAAUUUAAGAGCACAUGCGUUUUGCAUUUAAGAGAAAAGGUUACAUAAACGCCUAUGUUAGUCUUGAUAGUUCUGUCUUGCAAGGUAAAAGUAUCACGUUUAAAUGCUUGCAGGUGGGCACAGGACACAAAAUUAAACACAAUUUUCAGUA